UGUUGUUUUGCGCAGGUGGUAGGAGUCAUGUCUGUGUUCUUCAUCUUCGUAAGCGUGCUGACCUUCGCUCUGAAGACACACCCGGACCUGAGGGUGAGCUCAGUGGUGACCCACACCAUCCUCGGGGCCAAUGACACGGUGAAGAAGAUCCGCAAGAUCCGGACCGAUCCUCAUAUCUCCUUUUUCUACGUCGAACUAGUCUGCAAUGCGUGGUUCACCUUCGAGCUUCUAGUCCGCCUUGUGGUGAACCCUAACAAAGUACAGUUCAUCAAGUCGCCAGUAAAUGUGAUAGACCUCAUGGCGACCCUCAGCUUCUACACUGACGUCCUCCUCCAAGACUGGGCCGAGGACCACGCGGAUAUCCUCGAGUUCUUCUCCAUCGUGAGGAUCCUCCGACUCUUCAAGCUGACCAGGCACUCGCCGGGCCUCAAGAUCCUCAUCCACACUUUCAAGGCCUCCGCUAAAGAGCUUACCCUCUUGGUUUUCUUCUUGGUACUGGGCAUCGUGGUGUUCGCUUCGCUGGUAUACUACGCUGAGAGACUACAGGCGAAUCCUGACAACGACUUCAAGAGCAUCCCAGAAGGCCUGUGGUGGGCUAUCGUGACGAUGACCACGGUCGGCUACGGGGACAUGGUGCCCAAGACCUACGUCGGGAUGUUCGUCGGUGCGCUCUGCGCUCUGGCUGGAGUGCUCACCAUAGCGCUUCCGGCCCGGUCCAAACUUCCGAAGCGAAGACGAAGAGUACUGCCUGUGGAACAGCCGCGGCCGAAACGAGGGGAAGUAAACAACCAAGUGGCGGUGGCCAACAGGCGAGUCAACGCCAUCAAGCACCACCCGCAUCCCAUAUUCAAAGAGGCCUUCCCGGCCCCUAAGAUUGAGGAGAAGCUGGCUAUCCGAAGAGGCAGAGGACGUCCUAAUUCCAGAGAUGGAGGGGGGAAGGGCACAGCGGGACGGCGAAGGACCCCAGGGGAGCACUGGACCGCUAAGACUACAUCAACAGAACUAGCCCGGCAGGGAGUGCCCUAA